UUUCCUCUAUCAGAACCCUAUCAUGCGUAUUGGAAUGCUUUCAAAAGUAUUUGAAGUUUUUGAUUGGCCCGCCCCAGAUCCAAUCGGGGCACAACUUCCUUUAAUGGGAUCUGCAUGGCCGGUCACAAUUCUGAUGCUGAUUUAUCUUCUAAUUGUCUUGAAAUAUGGCAAAAAAUUUAUGGAAAAUCGCAAUCCAUACGAGAUAACAAAGAUUAUAAUUGGAUACAAUAUUUUCCAAGUGAUUUACAAUAGUGUGCUAUUUUGCUUCUGUUUCUAUAACUAUUUCAUUGAUCCGACAUAUGACUUAAGUUGCAUGAUAGUACUGCCUCUAGACCAUCCCUCUAAGAAUAUUGAACGCACGAUAACCUAUGCAUUCAUAUUCAAUAAGAUUAUCGAUCUACUCGAUACUAUCUUCUUUGUGCUGCGAAAAAGUUACAAACAGAUUACCGUGCUCCAUGUUUAUCAUCAUGCGCUGCUGGUUUAUUACACCUGGUGGGUGCAUCGAAUCUAUGGAGUUGGCGGACAAUUCAUUACAACGGCGAUGCUUAAUACAUUGAUUCAUACAAUUAUGUAUUUUUACUACAUGACUUCAGCCAUUUAUCCAGGAAUGAAGGACCGCUUGUGGUGGAAGAAGGGCAUAACCAUAUUUCAAAUAAUUCAGUUUAUUAUUAUAAUAUCACAUUCCCUCUAUAUAUUAAUAUUUAAUCCAGAAUGUAAAUACCCACUCGUUUUACAUUUCAUGAUUGUCGGUAUAGCUUUUACAUUCCUUGUAAUGUUUACGAAAUUUUACAUCAAAACUUAUGUAAAGCCCCGAAAACAGAAGAAACAUUAAAUCCAAAUAAAGAUAAGAUGACAGCGAAACGUGAAU